AUGGCUUCCUUUGGAUGGAAGAGAAAAAUUGGCGAGAAGGUCUCCAAGGUCACUUCCCAGCAGUUUGAAGCUGAAGCUGCUGAUGAGAAGGAUGGAGUUGAGAAUGACGAGGGGAGCUGGCUUCACGCCAUUAAACGUAGGAAAGAAAUGCUCCUUGAAGGCUGUGCUGAGAGAAGUAAACAGCUGAAGGAUGAGGGGGCCAGUUUGGCUGAAAAGAAAAGAUAUCGGGAGGCAAUUCAGAAGUGGGACGAAGCACUUCAGUUAACCCCAAAUGAUGCUACCCUCUAUGAGAUGAAAUCACAGGUCCUAAUGUCUCUUCAUGAAAUGUUCCCAGCAGUGAAUGCAGCAGAAAUGGCUGUCCAAAGAAAUCCACAUUCAUGGGAAUCUUGGCAAACCUUGGGACGGGCUCAGCUUGGAUUAGGAGAGAUAGUCUUGGCAAUUCGAAGUUUCCAAGUAGCCCUUCACAUCUAUCCAAUGAACCCUGAAAUAUGGAAAGAAGACCUUUCUUGGGCUAGAACACUCCUGGAGCAGCAGAAGGUAGCACAGAGGAUUGAAAACAGUGAUGCUCCAGCAGAAGUAACACCUUUCCCACCGAAGGCAAUUCCUGACUAUGACUUCGAAAGUGAUGAGAUUGUUGCUGUUUGUGCAGCCAUUGCUGAGAAACAGAAGACAGUUUCAGCAAAUAAAACCAUGGUUAUUGUGUCUGCUUCUGGGACAGUUGAGACUGUAACUGAGAAGGAGGAUUGUGCUUCAACACCGGAUGGCUCUGUUUUUAUCAAAGCUCGGUGA